UUAGUGGCGCAUAAAAUGCAGAGUGUAGUUUGUCAUUCCAUACAUGCAAGGUAAUAAAGACACAUCAGCUAUCAGAAAAUAGAAAAAGAAGAAUCAUAACCAUAUUUGUGUGUAAAGUGUCCUGCAGGUUGUGCUUGUGUUUCCAUGGAAGGAACGGGAAAACAUGGAGGUGACCAGCUUUCAAUUAAGAAGUCAGAGCCCGUUCUAAUAGAACCUGAAACAAGGACUCAUAGUGGGUUUUUUUCUUAUCCAAUCUUGAUCAAGUGGCCCAUUUCGUGGAAACAGUGUACUUGUACAAGGCAGAGAAAGGGGGAGGCAGUCAUGACACCUUCAGUGAUAUAUUUAAACAAUCUAUGGCCAAGAUUCUGGUGCAUUAUUACCCUCUCGCAGGGAGAUUAAGAUUAGGAUCUGAUGGGAAGCAUAUUGUCGAGUGUACCAAUGAAGGGGUGUUGUUUGUGGAAGCAAGAGCAAAUUGUAACAUGGAUCAUGUUGACGUUAAAGUUAUUCCUGAUGAGCAUUCUGAAACAGCAGGGAAGCUUGUCUAUAGAUCUCCAGAUUCUGAGAACGUACUGGAAAUGCCUCUAAUGACUGCACAGUUUACAAGGUUCAAGUGUGGAGGUUUUGCUUUGGGAUUGUCAAUUAGCCACCGCAUGACUGAUGGGAUGUCAGCAAUGGGGUUUAUCAAAUCAUGGGCUGAAACAGCCAGAGGGAUGCCGUUAACCACCAAACCAGUUCUUGAUAGAUCAAUUUUGAGGUCUAGACAACCUCCUAAAAUUGAUUUUCCUUUCGGCCAGUACGCUCCUGCAGAAACCAGUAGCGUAUCAAACAUAUCAAAUCCAUUUCAAGGAGAGCAGAUUCUGACGAAAUGCUUCCUGUUUGAUUCCAACAAGCUUGCAAUACUGAAGAACAUGGCAAUGGAGGACGGAACCAUCAAAAGCUGCUCAAACUUCACAGCGCUCACAGCUUUUGUGUGGCGUGCUCGCUGCAAGGCACUGCAGAUGAAUCCUGAUCAAACAACUCAACUUCUGUUAAUAGUCGACGUUCGAUCCAAGCUUAAUCCACCACUUCCCAAAGGAUACUUUGGCAACGGAAUUGUCACAAGCAGUUGCCUAGGCAGGGCAGGAGAAUUGAUCAAAAACCCACUGUCUUUUGCUGUGGAAGAAGUGCAGAAUGGAAUAAAAAUGGUUAAUGAGGAGUAUGCCAGGUCAUGGAUUGAUUACAUUGAAGUGAAGAGAGCAAAGGACUUUCGUUUACCCUCCCAUUUUAUAGUUUCUUCAUGGACUAGACUUUCAAUUGAGUGUGCAGACUUUGGAUGGGGAGAGCCAGCACAGUUUGGCUGCGCAAAUUUGCCUAAAGAUUCAGGUUUUUUCCUACCAGAUGGAAAAGAAAAAAAGGGCAUUAAUUUGAUUUUGGAUUUGCCAGUUACUGCCAUGAGCACCUUCCAGGAGCUAAUGCUUCUGUAAUGUAAUCUGAUGGAAAAUUAAUUAUAGAUUGAUUAUCCAUCAUCGGUACUCGAUAUAAUUUCCUCAUCCUUUCCUGUUAUCGGAAAUAAAUAUUACUUAUUGCUAUGCUAAUAAUGGAAUCAAUCUCCAGAUAAAAGUUUUCAAU